AUGACAAUUUCUACAACCAUUGCAUCACUAUCCAAACCAGGGGUUAAAAAACAUUUCUGCCUCUUUCAGGCCAACAAAUGUCACAGUGGCAAUACCUUCUUGGAACAGCAUGGGCUCUUGCCUGCAGUGAGUGCCCCAAAAAAGGAGCAGGGCACAAGGCUGAAGAGGCCCCUGGAUCAAGGAGUGAUAAAGAAUAUGGCCUGUACUCCUAAAUUUCACAAGCAUGGCAAGAGGUUGGCUGUUGAAGCAGAAAAACCCAAUUGGAAAGAGAGCACUAUGCACAAGCAUGAGACCAGGCCCCCCAAAACCCCACGGGAGGGAAGUUCCCAAGGCACUCUGAUGCGCAGCAAGCCACAAGAACCUUCCGUUCUGCCUUAUGCUCCAGUGACCCAGCAGCAGCAAUCUGUGAUUUCUUAUUCAGCAAAGAACCUCGGUCCCAUUGCCAGGCCCAAAAGAUACUCAAGUGUGAUCGUGAAAAACCAUGCAGUCACUGAUCCUCUUCUACUGCAGCCACAGGUCCCUAAUGCCACCAAGCACGAUUCUGUUGCUGCUGCCGUAGAGUGGCAGAGGAAGCUGGAGGCUGCUGAGGCUCUGUUGGCUCUGAGAAACUCUCCUCUGCCUCCUCCUGUUUCUGCCUCUCCAAAAAGGCAUGGCAAAAUGACCAAUAGCUAUCUUCCUGGACAUGGAACACAAGGUUCUGCUGGAAAGAGAGGGCAGCAGCCUCCUAGCCGCUAUGUGCCACCACGGUCUGCCAACUCUGCCUCACUGACUGGAAGUCUGGACUGCAUGUCCUUCUUCACCUAAGAGACCAGAGUGGGAGGUCUCACUACAGCACUGCCUGUUUGGUAUCCUGUUUCAUGUCUAAAGUGAAAAGUGUUUUUAAAAAUUUUUUAACUUUUGGGAUGAGUUCUCAUGUAGCCAGCCUGGCCUUGGUUUCAGUAUACAGCCAAUCAUGACUUUGAACUCCUGAUUUUCUCCACUUCUAAAGUCCUGGGAUUAUAGGACUGUGCUACCAUGCCUGGCUUUUUUUUUUUUAAUUAGUUUUAAGUUUUCAGGAGUUUUGUAAGCUUUCAAACCCUUUUCAUGGUGUAGGGCAUUUACUUGAUUGAGGUUUGAUGUUAACCUCUAUUUAGUACUCUUCUGGAAUAAUUUCUUGCUAUCCCUCUUAGUAAAAAAAUCAGUAUUGUAGGACCUAAUGUGAUCAAUCAGUGGGAUUCCGAGUGGGUUUGUAUGCCAGCA